AUUCCAAGCAUGGUGUUCUGGAAGGAUGAAGUCUCUAUGGCAAGCACUUCGGGGGAGAAAGAUCCGACCCUUACCGGAAAAAAACCUAAGAUAAGCAAACAGGAGAUCGACAGAGCUUACCGUGCAAGAAAAAAGGGAAAAGAAGACAGCAUGAAGGCAAAGAUAGUAAUACUUGAGGAAAACAAAUGUCGCCUUGAAGGACGAGCAGAUCAGCUGGAAAAGGAUCUAAAAGAAAGUAGAAAGGAAAAUAUCCGCUUGGAGGUCCAUCAAGAGAGACAGAAUAAACGUCAAAAGAAACUCGAAAGGAACCUGAUUGCCUUAGGGGAGCAAUAUAAAAGAGAGAUGGACGCCAUAAAAGAAACACAUGCAGAGGAGAUAAAUGCCUUAAAAGAAAGAAAUGCAGAAGAGGUGAAUGCUUCAAAAGAAAGAAAUGCAGAGGAGAUGUUGGCGCUCAAGAAGCAGUUG